AUGGAUGUCUCAGUGCCGCCAGUCGUGCGAGGAGAAUUCCUCUAUAGAGACGUACUCCUCGUCGACGUCGGUGGAGAACUCAAGCGACAUGCUCGAGCCCCUGAGACCGAAAUCAAGCAGGCACUAAAUGCGAGUACCGGCCAGAAGGACAAGACCGCUCACUGGUACGAAGCGCAACUCAUCCAUUACGGUCUCCAGCGAAGCAAGGAGAAGAACACGGCAAAAUUACGUCUCCAUGAAGCGCUCAACCGGAAGAAACUCAAGGCACCUCCGCAGCACCUCGUCGAUAUGGAAGCGGCGAUGAAGAAGGAGUAUGCUGCUGCUGUUCGCAAAGCCAAGGCCCAGUCGACACCGUCUGCGGGAAAGAAGCGGGCUCGGGAAGACGACGUCGAGCAGAGUGUGAAGAAGACCAAGAUUUCAGUCAGGGUUGGCGAUGUGUCGAUUGAUAUUGAUCAGUCUGGCACGUCUUCGGCUAAGAAGCCGACAGCUGGCAAAGCGAAAGUAACUGAGUCCAAGGAAAAGGCACCAAAGGCGACCGGAGAGAAGAAAGCGAAAGCGUCGACACCGAAGCCGAAGAAAAGCGCGAAUCUGACUCAGAUUGGCGACACUCGAGAUCACUCAGCAGGUGCAAUGCCGCCCUUCUAUCAGGAUUUGGGAGAUCUGAGCGAGGCUAAAGCCAAGACACCUAGAAAGCAAACUGUCAAGGAUUCUAUCAAGAAAGAAGCCACCAAGAGUGAGACCAUCAAGAAAAAGGCUGUCAAGAAGGAGCCGAAGGUCAAGAAUGAGCCUAUCGUCAGACCGGAGCCCACGGUCAAGCCAGAGCCCAAGGUCAAGUCGGAACCCAAGGUCAAGCCGGAGCCCAGAAAUGACUUUGAUCAAAGCCAAGAGCAAUACAUGGAGGAGCAGCCAGGCUUUGACGAAUCUCAGAGUCAGAAGUACGUUACCGGUGUGUACAACAUCUCUUGUCCAUUACUUGCCGAACAGGCACCGGAUCAUGCGGACAAAUUCAGGCUUUUCGUGUGCGUCGAUCAGGACGGGAAUCGUAUCUGGAGUGGCUUCGAGCUCGCGUGGAAGUCUGGCGUCGUCAAGAUUGACAGUACUGCUUGGGGUGUGCCGCUGAGCUUUGGCUGGCGUGCCAAAGAUUGCGAGGCGAGUGGCAAAGGUCUUCGGUUUGGGAAAGGCUGCUUCGGGGACAUUGAAUUCUACAGGGAGCAGCAGGUGCGCGGCGUCUUUUAUAACCUCUUCCCUGAGCCUGUCCAGUUCGAUGGCAAGCGACGAGCGGGGCCUCUAUGGUGUGGAAAGGCCGCAUGGAAGUUCGAGCAGGAGUGGGAUGACUUUCCAAGGCAGGCGUACGGCCGUUGA